AGGGAGGUGGGUGUGGUGACGGCUGCCGCUGCUGUGUCAGGGUGUCUGAGGGCGGGCGGGAUGGCUACCGCAGUAGGUGCUUACCGGCUCCGCUGCUCCUUGGUUGGGCACGAGCUGGACGUCCGGGGGCUUAGUUGCUGCCCCUUCCCGACGGGGUCGUUUGUGUCCGUAUCCCGGGACCGGACGGCGCGGGUCUGGGCGCCAAACAGUACCAACAGAGGAUUUCAUGAAAUACACUGCUUGAGUGGCCAUUCCAAUUUUGUUUCUUGUGUGUGUGUCAUCCCUCCAAGUGACCUUUACCCCCGUGGAUUAAUUGCUACUGGUGGUAAUGACAGCAAUAUUUGCAUCUUUACUUUAGACAGCUCUACACCACUGUAUGUCCUUAAGGGUCAUAAAAACACUGUUUGUAGCCUCUCCUCUGGAAAAUUUGGCACCCUUCUUAGUGGCUCAUGGGACACUACAGCUAAAGUCUGGCUGAAUGACAAAUGCAUGAUGACAUUACAGGGCCACAGUGCAGCAGUCUGGGCUGUGAAGAUACUACCUGAACAAGGUUUGAUGUUGACUGGUUCAGCUGAUAAAACUAUUAAACUGUGGAAAGCAGGUAGAUGCGAGAGAACAUUUUCUGGACAUGAAGACUGUGUAAGAGGCCUAGCUAUUUUAAGUGAAACAGAAUUUCUUUCCUGUGCAAAUGAUGCCAGCAUUCGAAGAUGGCAUAUAUUUGGUGAAUGUCUUCAAAUAUAUUAUGGCCACACCAAUUAUAUAUAUUGCAUAUCUGUCUUCCCUCAAAGUAAAGAUUUUGUUACGACUGGUGAAGAUCGAUCACUCAGAAUCUGGAGAAAAGAAGAAUGUGUACAAACAAUCAGGCUUCCAGCUCAGUCUGUUUGGUGUUGCUGUAUAUUAGACAAUGGAGAUCUUGUUGUUGGAGCAAGUGAUGGAAUUAUCAGAGUGUUCACAGAGUCUUUGGAGCGCACAGCCAGUUUGGAGGAGAUUCAUGCUUUUGAAAAUGAGCUUUCUCAAGCAACGAUUGAUUCUAAAACUGGUGACUUAGGGGACAUUGAUGCUAAUGAGCUUCCUGGUAGAGAACAUCUGAACGAACCUGGUACAAGGGAUGGGCAAACAAGACUUAUUAAAGAUGGUGAAAAAGUUGAAGCUUACCAGUGGAGCAUUAGUGAAGGCAAGUGGAUGAAAAUUGGAGAUGUUGUUGGCUCAUCUGGAGCCACGCAGCAGACAUCUGGAAAAGUUUUAUUCGAAGGAAAGGAAUAUGACUAUGUUUUCACUAUUGAUGUAAAUGAAGGUGGCCCUUCUUAUAAACUGCCAUAUAGUACUAGUGAUGAUCCAUGGCUGACAGCAUACAACUUCCUGCAAAAGAAUGAUCUGAAUCCCAUGUUCCUGGAUCAAGUGGCCAAGUUCAUAAUAGAUAACACCAAAGGGCAAAUGCUGGGACCCACAAAUACUGAAUUUUCAGAUCCUUUCACAGGCAGUGGUCGCUAUGUUCCAGGUUCUUCCUCAGAAUCUAGUGAAGGACUUGCCACAGAUCCGUUUACAGGUGCUGGUCGUUACGUCCCAGGUGCUACAUCUGAUCUUUCAACUCCUGUAAGUGGAGCUCAUCCAUUUAUAGGGCCUAAAUCAGUGAUAGGUAACACUGAAAAUAUUUAUUUUCCAAAGAAAGAAGCUGUUACUUUUGAUCAGGCCAACCCUACAUUAAUACUGGGUAAGAUGAAAGAACUAAAUGGAAAUGUACCUGAAGAACAACGGUUAACAGAAGAUGAUCUAGAUGUUUUAGAAAAGAUGCUGUUUAUAGUGUGCAGUGCGCCCAUGGAAGCACCCACAGCAGAGCAGCUGCAAACUUUGUGGAGAGCGAUUAACUGGCCAAAUGAUAUUGUCUUUCCAGCACUAGAUAUUGUUCGAUUAGCAAUCAGGCAUCCCAGUGUGAAUGAAAGCUUCUGUGGUGAAAAGGAUGGCCUUCAGUUCUGCAGUUAUCUUAUCAAAUUCCUGAACCCUGGAGGAAAGCAAGCCAAUCAGAUGCUGGCUCUGCGAAUUUUAUGCAAUUGUUUUAUUCACCCAGUUGGGCAAAAGCUCAUGAUGGCACAGGGGGACUCAGUAAUGUCACAGGCAAUAGAACUGAAGCUGAGCAGCAAUAAGAACAUUCACAUUGCACUGGCUACGUUGGCUCUGAACUAUGCCGUUUGUCUAUAUAAGAGUAAUAACAUUGAGGGCAAAGCUCAGUGUUUGUCAGUGAUCAGCACAGUCAUGGAGGUAGUGCAAGACCUUGAAGCUAUUUUUAGACUGCUUGUGGCUCUUGGGACGCUGAUCAGUGGCGAUUCAAAUGCUGUACAAUUAGCCAAGUCCCUAGGAGUUGAUUCUCAAAUUAAGAAGUAUUCCUCUGUAUCAGAACCAGCUAAAGUAAAUGAAUGCUGUAGAUUUGUUCUUAAUUUGCUCUGAACUCCUCCCUUAAAAAAAAAAAGCAAAACACCACCACCACUUGGGAGACUAGGACUAUAUCAAAGAUACACAAUUUCGUAUUUUACAAAAAAAAAAAAUGAAUAAAUAUUGUGGGUAGACUCUCUGGACAUGAAAUUAUCUGAAUAAAUUUUUUGCACUGAU